AUGUUCAGCGGCAGUGAGAGUACGACCGAAUCUAGUGUUGGCGCUAGAAAACGCAGAAAUUGGUCGUCAGCUGCCUCUAGCACUCACUCAAGCAUAUGGCCGAGAAGCACGAGCAGUUUAUUUGAAUCGCCGGAAACUGGACCAGGUACAAGGCAAAGAGCUCGAGAUGACAGAAAACGAGACAAUGCGACAUGGGUACCUUCUAUGCAGAAUAAUACGUUUGCAUACGACACAGAUGUAGAGAGUUACAUGCCUGGAGAUGGUUUAAAAUACUUGAGUGAAAUAAGUGAUGUCGAGUCUUCAGAAAUCGAGAUGCCACGUGAUCAGCAGAGACCAUCGAUUCCUUCAUUCAGGAACCCCAAUCACAACAAGCUCAAAAAUCCCCCAAAAGAGAAAAACAUGGCGGAAUUCGGAUGGGGACACUUGCAUGAAGUAGAGGAUCCUUUCUGGGAAGGUAUUCGUCGACAGAACAAACGGGAGCGUGAAUUCAGAAUACAACGAUCACCCUUGUCUGCGCAAGAGCCCCCAAGACUUCUCAAAAUUCGCGGCAUUGACAAUUCUUUUACCUCACAUAUUUAA